AUGGACAGGAAAUUGAAAAGGGGGCAAAGGGGAAGGGGAAGAAUGUUGGUGGUCUCUGAUGGUGGUGUGGGUUGGAGUUCGGUGGAGAAAAUUAAAGGAUGGUGGUCGUUUGGAGAACGUAGACAGGAGUGGCUUCUUUCUGAACUCGGCGGCAAGAGACCUUUAUUUGGACCCGAUCUUCCAAAAACAGAAGAAAUUGCUGAUGUCUUGGAUACACUCCAUGUCAUAGCAGAACUUCCAUCAGACUGCUUCGGGGCAUACAUCAUCUCAAUGGCCACCGCACCAUCUGAUGUGCUUGCAGUUGAACUCCUACAACGUGAAUGCCAUGUGAAGCAACCUUUACGAGUGGUUCCACUUUUUGAGAAAUUGGAUGAUCUGGAGGCUGCUCCUGCUGCUGUUACACGUCUCUUCUCGAUUGAGUGGUACAGAAACCGGAUUAAAGGCAAACAAGAGGUCAUGAUUGGGUAUUCGGACUCUGGUAAGGAUGCUGGUCGGUUUUCAGCAGCCUGGCAGCUAUAUAAGGCUCAAGAGGAGCUAGUAAAAGUUGCCAAAGAACAUGGUGUGAAGCUAGUUAUGUUCCAUGGUAGAGGUGGUACAGUUGGAAGAGGAGGUGGCCCCACCCAUCUUGCUAUAUUGUCUCAACCACCUGACACUAUUAACGGAUCUCUCCGUGUCACAGUUCAGGGUGAGGUUAUUGAGCAAUCGUUUGGGGAGGAACACUUGUGUUUUAGAACUCUCCAACGUUUCACUGCUGCUACCCUUGAACAUGGUAUGCAUCCACCAGUCUCUCCAAAACCCGAGUGGCGUGCACUUAUGGAUGAAAUUGCAGUUAUUGCUACAGAGAAGUAUAGGUCAAUUGUUUUCAAAGAACCCCGAUUUGUUGAGUAUUUCCGCUUGGCCACACCUGAGCUAGAGUAUGGUCGAAUGAACAUUGGCAGCCGUCCAUCAAAGCGUAAACCCAGUGGAGGCAUAGAAUCACUCAGAGCUAUUCCAUGGAUCUUCGCCUGGACCCAGACAAGGUUUCAUCUCCCGGUCUGGCUUGGCUUUGGGGCAGCAUUUAGGUAUGCUGUUGACAAGGAUAUCAAAAACCUACGCAUGUUUCACGAGAUGUACAAUGCAUGGCCAUUCUUUAGGGUAACUAUUGACUUGGUUGAGAUGGUGUUUGCCAAGGGUGACCCGGGUAUUGCAGCUCUGUACGACAAGCUUCUUGUUUCAGAAGAUCUGUGGUCCUUCGGUGAGCUUUUGAGGUCCAAGUACGAAGAGACAAGAACCCUCCUGCUCCAGGUAACUAUUCAUGAAUUCUGAAAAGUAUUACUCAAU